CUCUGCGGGGAAGGGCAUGGAGUUAGCGGGAGCGUAUAAAAAGCCGCCGUGAUGCGAAGCCGCCGUCCCUCCGGAGCUGCCGAGGGGCGCCGAGGGGCAGCGCGGCGCCAUGAUCAACCCCAACUAUUACCCGUGGGGCUACGACGGCGACAACGGACCAGAUCAAUGGCACAAAAAUUACCCUACUGCCAAAGGACGCCAUCAGUCCCCCAUUGAGAUCAAUAACAAAGAAGUGCACUAUGACCGCUCCUUGCUGCCCUGGUUUGCUAGUUACGAUCCUGGUGCAGCAAAGACCAUCCUCAAUAAUGGGAAAACCUGCAGAGUUGUGUUUGAUGAUUCUUUUGAUAGAUCAGUGUUGAGAGGUGGGCCACUUCAGGGGGUCUACCGGCUGCGUCAGCUUCACUUUCACUGGGGUUCAUCUGACGACCAUGGCUCUGAGCAUGUUGUGAAUGGAGUGAGAUAUGCAGGAGAGCUACACUUAUUACACUGGAAUCCAAAAUACAGUAAUUACCUUGAUGCUGUGAGAAGAACAGAUGGUAUAGCUGUUUUGGCCAUUUUUUUACAAGUAGGGAAAACACCCAAACCAGAGAUGAAAAGAAUUCUUGAAGAAAUAAACGCUAUCAAAACAAAGGGGAAAGAAGCUCCUUUUCCAAACUUUGAUCCUUCAAUUCUUUUCCCUAAAUCUCAUGACUACUGGACAUACCACGGUUCUUUCACUACUCCACCUUGUGAAGAGUGCAUCACUUGGAUUGUUCUUCGAGAGCCUAUCAUAGUCAGCUCAGACCAGAUGGCAAAGCUCCGUAGCUUAUCAAAGAAUGCUGAGAACGAACCUAAUCUCCCCCUGGUUGAUAACUGGCGCCCAACUCAGCCUCGGUAUUUCAGGAUGGUGAGCGCAUCAUUCCUUUAGGACCUGGCUCAGUUUUGGGAGCAUGAAAAAAGAACAAAACUUUCAAGAAAGACUUUUCAAUGUCCUCUGUAAUACAUCCUCAUGAAAAUUGAUGAUGGAUGGAUUUUCAGAUUUUACUUGAACUUCCAGAAUACUGAAAAUAUUUUAUAUGACUGCGAGGAAAUAACAUCUUAACCAUGGUUUGUGGCUGAGAGAUCCACAUCAAUUCUUCCAGUGAGAUUGUUUUUUUUCUGGCACUGGCGUUUUUGUAAUAUCAUAUGAAUCAACUUCCUCACAAGUUGAUUUUAUGCUGGAGAAGUUCAAUCUGUAUUUAAAACCAUUAAUCUGAAUGGUAAUUUAGAUUCAGCUGUGAAAAUACAAAGUGCUGUAGUGUCUGUGCCAUGAGUGAAUUCAUAGCUACUCUUUUCUAGGACAGGAGGGUGUUGCUGAGCUUACUCAUGUGACAGAGGAUGUGCUUCUGGACUGUCUCCUUACCUUGCAUUCUUCCUUCAAAUAGGCAGCGUGUUGGCUGCGAAAUUUCCAUGUGUUCCAUGUAGAGUUCAUGCUUUUUAUUCUCAUUUGCAGCCAUAUUGUGAAAGGAUUCAGAUGAGUUAAUAGUUUCUAUGAUGCACGUAUACAGUUCUGAUUUUGACAAAGGUUAUCUUAUGUAUAAUUCUAAUUACUCAGAAUUACAAUCAGAAAGCCUAUGGUGGUUCUUAUGUUUGAAAAAAAAAAAAAAAAAAAAAAAAAAGAAACCUCAAAGCAUAGCUUCUUGUUUGACCACCAGUACCCAACACAGUGUUAGCUGUAGAGAUAAGGACGUGCUGUUCAAUUGUGCUUUCUUCUUAGGCAGGUUUAAUUCACUAAGGUUUAUUUAUCUCAAAUCUUAAGUAAAUAUCUAAAACAGAAACAGUAAGUAGUCUAUAUCUAGGAAAUGAUUGUAUUCUGAACAAGAAUACAAGUUGCAUAACAUUGUUGACUUUGCAGGACAGGGUUUUGAUGGAAUACCCGGUGUCUCCUACCUUUGAAAAUGGUGAAAAUGGCAAUUUCCUCAUGCAUGCAAAUAUGAGAAAACAAUGAAUGUAUGAAUAUCUUUCUACUACUUUUUCUCUGGUCAGUUCUGUAAUAUAUACCCUGGAAGAUAGGUUAUUUUAUGAAGACAACUAAGUUGUAUAUAGUAGGGCUUUGAGUGGGCUAUAUCUUUCUUGAAAUUAAUGAUGAUGAAAAAUUGGGGCAUAGAAUGUCAGGGUUUUUUAAAUUGUGAGAUGGUUUCCCAGUCAUAUUUUGUGAAGGAGCUAUUUGGGUUCUGUAAGUGAAGCUAAGAUCAGCCUCAUCCUUUGAAGGAUGCUCUUUUGAACUUGCAGACUAAGUAACCUCUAAAAAAAAGUGCAAUUUGACUCAUGAAGGUGGUUCCAUAGUAUAUUUAUUCAUAAUUAGUAAAAUGUCAUCUAAAUUAGGCCCAGGACUGUUUUCACUCUAUUUCAGAUUUACUCCAGCAGUCUUUUUGUGGAGUCUGUUGCGGUGCCUAAGGGACUGUCUGAGGUAAUGGAUGAAUCAAGAACACAGUGGCUCUGCAAGAGUCAGAAGCAAAUUAGAAAUGUAGGAGUAGAAGAAAAAGUUUAAGAAUGGGGGUGGCAAGGGCACUGGUGUUGUAGAUUGAGCUGUUAACUGUAAGUAGAAGAGCUUUGAAGGCAGCAAGGGAGGAAAUGUGAGUCAGCAUUCAGAAUGUGUUCCCUGCCUUCUGGCCAUGUUCAUUGUUAUUUUACAAAUGCCCUUCUAUGCCUUUAGCUUGCAGCUUUCUGUAACUAUAAGAAAAAUUAAUCACUGAUAUGAAUGAAUUCAAGAACAUGGGUCAUGGUAGUCAUAACAUCCCACACAUCUCACUUCUUUGCGCAUAUUUCCUCUGUGCGGGUAGUAGUGCUAAGUGCAAUGAGAGCAGAAAGCCCUGGAUCCUUGUUUUUUAGCUGAAAAAAAAAAAAAGCCCUUUAAGGGGAAAAGAAUUUUCAUCUGUAUGGAAUGGAAAACAAGGAGUUAUGCUUUAUUUUCUAUGGCUAAGACAUAUGUGGUAUUUCAGUGCUAAAAAGUAAUCCCUCCUUCUAAAGCAGAAAUGCAGACAUGAGACAUUCAGCCAUGUUGUAUAGCUCAUUGACAGCCUCUUCUCUAAGUCACUGUUCAUCCUCUGCAUCAAAAUAGUUAUCAAAUAAUAGAUAUCAGAAAUAGGUAUCUGAGCUUAGUUCUUUACUGCUGUGAGUCUUCCUGAAGCUUGAAAAUUUAAAGACGCAGAUGUACGUGCGUCCAGGUUACUGGCACUAUUGAAUAAGAAGGUGUAUAUGGAAAGAACUGUAACUUUUUUAAUUGCACCAGAAGUAAUUAUGCUUAUCAACAAUGAAGAUGAAUCACCAUCAUCAUGCCUAAAGAUCAGACUAAAAGAUGCCCUUGACAAGCGUGUGAGAAGUGAAUUCUCAUGUUGCUUGUUGGGAGCCUCUGAUGUAGCCCCAACAUCCUGCUGGUCUGAGAAGGUAUCCUUAUGAUAACUAUAUGCAGCUAGGCAGGAAACAACCAGCAGUCUCACAUUAUGGAAAUCUCUGAGGCAGGCAAGAAGUAGAUACACAUAUUGAUCUGAAAUUUUCUAUUUAAAUGGACAUAGAUUUUAAUGGGGAUGAAGAGACGAAAUCAUUCAAGUGGUAUGUAUAUUUGAAGAAUUCAAACUAAUCACACUUUUGUUAGGUUUGGACUACAUUUGUUUAAAUGAGAUUUAUUCUAUGUCCAAAUUUAUUCCUUGGACAUUUCACUGGAGUAAUCGAAAUGAUAAGGGGCAGACUUGAGGACCCAUUCUUUUAUGUUAAAUAAGACAGUUUGUAAAACACAAUGUGCUUGGCUGGAAAGACCAUGAGAAAAAUUCUGAAUUAUUUUGUUCAAGUUUCAGAUUUCGUUGUAAAGAGUUCAAAUUUCUCCUUGUAGGGAAGGAAUCCACAGUAAUGUAUCUGUUGUGUUUUCAAAAAGAAGUUAAGCAGUGCUGCAAAACAGAAAUUCAGUACUCAUGUCACUACUUCAGAUGUGUGAAAUAUGAAAAGUUUUUGUUCAUCAGCAUGGCUUUUAAACCAGAAGCUCUGUAACAUUGUUUUCCUCCGCAGAAACGACCAUGAAGGAAUAGGGUAAAGUGGAGCAAAUUGGGAUAUGGGCAGUAUAAGCAACACAACUGAUCUAUGUGUUCUUCUGCUUGCUUUGUGUUUUCACACUUUGGUUUCUUUAUGGCUAGUACUUGGCCUCCUUAUUUACUUUCAAGGUACUCAAUAUAACAUGAAGACCAGGCAAAUGUUAGUAUUACCUUUGAAAGAGAGAGUAAGAAAAGAUAGCAAGAUACGAAGAAGAGAUGAAGAUUAAUUCUCUGUUGAAGCCUGUUUAUUCUUUUUUUUUUUUACUAUUAUUAUGACUUGUGCUUAAAUUAUUUCUGAUAAAAAUCUGAGAUAUUCAAAUUAAAAUCUUAUUCUCUUUAUAGGAUUUCUUAGGAAUGAUGGUGCUAACUUGUGGCAGCAGCCUGAUCAUGAAUUUGUGUAGACUGAUUUUGUGGGCAGUUCCCCUUUCUGCAUUCUGUUUUCCAGCUGCCCGGGUCUCCUUGAGUUGUUCUGCAGAGUGCAUGGAUAGACUUUUUGCAAAGAGCACACUGUGCACAGUGGGACCAUUUCUUAUAUUUUGGGCCUAUGGACAAAUCACAGCGUUGCUCUGCAGUCUGUGCUGCUUCUGAAGUAGCAUUUGAGUUUUUGUAUUGCAGUGUGUAUGGUGUCAAGUCUGCUCCCUUAGUCUCAUCGGCCUGAGUAUUACUAAUACUCCCUCCAUGGAAAGUAAUAAGAUCAUAUUCCCUCUGAAAUCUCUCAAUUUACAUUCCUUCUUCAGGUGUUCAGGGAAAAUGUCUUGUUUUCAGCUACUUCAAAUAUAAGCAUGUGGGAACCCAUUUUAUGAGUGCAAUAUCACUCCUCAGCACUUUUUUAGGGUUCUGUUUUGAUUAUGGAAAAAAUUGGAGGUUUUCUAUGACACAAUCUUUACAGCUAGAAUUGGGCUGUCAUGCCUUUUUUUGUGACCUUGUUAUACAGCAUCCUAUGAUGAAUAUUUGGGAUCACAAGAACUGAUUGACAUGAGCAUUCUGUCCUUUUCAUGGGCAGUUUUACAUUAGUAUCAUCUCUCUAGGCCUGAGUUUUUCAAUCUGGCAGCUGGAGAAAUCCAUCUUUCCAGAAGGACAUGUGCUAAUCUCUAACUAUGAUCAUUAGAUAACAUAUCAUGCCUCCAAUAGAACAUGCUGAAAUCUGGCUUGUUUUGCAUGAUGUUUGAUCCCACUGUCUCAAAGCCUUUUUCCCAUAGACCAAUGUCUCUGUGCUUUUAAAGCCUAAUGCUUGUCUAUAUAUAUUAAUGUAUAACAAUAAUAAACAGAUAUCAGAAAUGCUUGCUAUGUAAAUAAACUAUAUGUAUUAUUUUAUAUUUUAAUGUGAGAUAGUAUUUCGACUGAAAACACAAUCAGUGUCAGACUCACAGGAGAAGAUAGCAUCCUUCUACUUAAAUUACUGUUGAUUUUACAAAACCUGCCACAUCUAGCAGUCUUCCAGAAUAAAGUAGCUGAGGAAACAGCUCCCUGUCCUUCCUUUUCCAAGAACUGCAAAUAUUCUGCAGGAUGGGAGAAAAAGAAUAAAAGUCCAUCAAAAUGGAAUGGAUUUGAUUGUUUCUGAGAUCACUGAGGCACUUGCCUUUUCUGUUCUCCAGCCUACAAAUUGCAGUGUUAAUUUUGAAGAAGCUAAAUAGUGUUUGAUCAGGCUAAGAGGGAGAAGCAGAUGUUUUUUCAUAUUGGUCAUGUGUGAAGGAAAAAGAUGAAUGUCAUAGAUCUCAGGAAGAGUUGGAGAAAACUGGGCAGGCAGCAAACAGAUAGGGGAGAUGAUCACAGUAAGAUGUGUGGACUUAUCUAAAAGUAAAAUUCACUAUGGUUGGAGAAAGUAAGAAGAACUUCUAAAACUAGGGAGUGGUCAAAUUCUGUCUCUUGAAAACCAAACGUGUAGCACAUUGGUAAGUGGAAAUUAACUUCUUCAAGAAGAUAGAUGGCUGUGGCUUUUACUCUUUGUGUGCUGCAGCAAGACAGAGAUGUAAAGAUCCCACACGGAAGCACAGGGCAGCAUUAACAUUCACAGGUGCUUAAUGAUGAGACAAAGAGCCUUCUUUCCAAUAGAUGGGUAAUCAGACCUGUGGUUUUGCCUUGUAUUCCUGUGGGAAAAAGUUUAUGCAAAAAGGCAUUAUGGUUUCUUUCUGACUUUUAAGUUUACUUCUCUUAAUACCAAUGUAUUUGUUCUGCUCUUCAGUAGUGGGGCUCAGUAUUGUCUGACUUCAUGAUUGUCUACAAAAGUGAGGUGAGGAGAAUGAGAACAGAAAUCUAUGGAACCAUGUCAGCAAGCAAGUGGAAACACUUUGAAAGUUCAGGUCCCAGGGUUCUCUGCUUUGGGCAAUAUUCUGAAGAUUAUGGUACCUGGUAGAGAGGUCUCAUGGUUGCUGCAGUUCACAGUGAAUGAUGAGAACAGUUUUGGGGCUUUCCAAGAACAUUAGUGUACUUACUUUCAAAAUGUACAUUCGAUUAGAAGUAUCAGAAUUGUGAGGAAAGGAAUACUAACAAUGUGAAUACAAUGCAAAUACAGCUAGUAAACUAGGCCAUAGACUAAGGACAUAAAACCAAAGAUCCACCCUCUUCUCUCUCCUCCCUUUGAGCAGAGGAAUGGUGGAUCCAUAGCACUUCUGCUACUUGCAGAGAGACUCUAAAAAAAAAUACAGUUAUCUGUGCAUUCACAUGUCAUAUCUUUAUUUUACCUGUUGAAUUACAGAAACAAAACCUCUGUCAGUGAUGUUCUAUGGUAAUCAACCAUUACUUACUUCCUUACUCCUUUGGUACUGAAAACUUUUCUGCACGUCUCAGAUGAAAGAUAACACUGUUACAUAGUUUGUGAAUAGCUCACUGCCAAGAAUCAGGGUAAAAUCCACUACAGACAAUCCAUGGAAGCUGCUGUAAUGCUUGAGAAUUCUCAGUAGACAGGAUUGUUCUUACCUGUAUUGGAAAUAAGUGACUGUACAGCAAAACCACUGAAGCUUUGGAACUGUCACUGCUGUGCAUGGAGAUGCAGCCUUAUUUAGAGUCCUGCAUGGUUUGCAGGAGAGGUUGUAGACGUUUCUCUAUAGGGAGGAAGUAUAGUCUCCUCAUAUUCUUGAUGCUUCAUGCAACAAAGAAAUGAAAAACUGAAGACAUUCUUUCUUACUUAGAUUUGGCCAAUAGAUUCAAAUGUGUCCAGGAGGGACUGUCAGGUCAGUAUGCACAGGUGAAUAUGCACAUGCACUUUUUGUUUUGGCAAACAAAACCUUUAUCUGUUCUUAAAGAUCAAAAUGACUGUUGUAAAGAACAAAGAAAUAUGUAAGCCCAAAUAAAAUGUCAAGAUCUCAGAGAAGUUUCUGACUCUUAGAAGGGAAGACACUCUUUCUGUAAAUUACUGUUAAAUUACUGUUUUUCUAAAAUUUAUGUAUUUGGUUGUAGUAAUAUAAAUUCUGUAGGUAAGAGCUGAAGAGAGAACAUGAGAUAAUGCACUUAAUGGCAUAUAAGAAAAAGUGAGCUUGUUUUAGUUAGCGAUUCUUGUUUGAAACAGAACUUUUUCUUCUUUGGUACUGGGAUUUUUAAAUCACUCUCGUUUUGAGGAGAUGAAAAGAGUGAAAAUCUUCAGAAGAGGCUGAUAAUCAACAGGUCUUUCUAGAUCAGUGUUUCAGGAGCUGAGAUUUUCUAAUAUAUGUUUUUUCAUGAGAAAAAUAAUAAAACCAAGGCAAUUUCGAAGCUGAGACUCACACUCGAACAAAAUGAAAAAUAAACUGUGAUGGGAAUUUUUCAUUUCUUGUGACGACCUUUUAGUCUCUCAUGAAAAAUUUGCUUGAUCUUUACUUCUGCAUGAGGCCAUUAAGAGAGAAGGAUGAAUAUCUGUAGUCACACUCUCCUCUAUAACAAACAUUUACAGGCUGCUAUUUGACCCUCCAACCUGGCAGAACAGCUCUUUUAUAGCUUUUUACUCAUGACAUUGGUGUGGGAGUUUUCUGAGGCCAGAGCCGAAUGUGACUGAGCAGCUGUUCUGCUAGGGAUCACUGAUGAUCUUUGUGUGAAAAAGGUGAUUCACUGGCAGAUUAAGUGUAUAUUUGCUCUAUAUAAAAGCCACAUAGCUUACAUAUAUUUCUUUGUUUACUCUGGCAGAUUUAUGAGAUGAUACAGAUGGCUUUCAUCUCAGACGCUUGGAUGUCUCACUGUGUCUUGUUCUCUCUUGCCAGACCAGGAUGCAUUUCCUACAGAGCCUUUCAGAACCUUUCAUGUAUUUCCUUUCAGAUCCCUCUGACUACUUUUUUUU